UAAUUCUGCUUUCGUUGUAUAGGCUUUGAAAGAGCUGUGAAUUUAGACCCAGCUCCACCACUUAAUAGCUGUGCCUCUUGGGCCAGCCUCAGAGUCGGCAGUUUUUUCAGAUGCAGAAGCUGGAUAAUUACAACUCUGUGAAUUACCUCCCAGAUCUCUGCGCGAGCUGUCAGAAGUGAGGGCUCCUUGUAAACUAUACUGUGCUGCAAGAAUGUAAAAUCAGAAUUUUAUAAAGAGCCCAAAGAGACCUUAGAGUAUCUUCAGCCCAAAGAGACCGUCAGAGUAUCGUCUUUUUAUUUUAUACUUGCAAAAGCUGAGACCUACAUGAGCUUGGCUGGUUCCACCUCUAACAGAUAUUUACCAAGCACCUACUAUGUGCCAAGCCCAUCACUGGCACCAGGGAAGCAGCUGUGAAAAACGCAAAGCUCCUGCUGUGGAGAUUCCAUAUCAGCGGUAGAGACAGAAAAUAAACAGGUGGGCUCAUGAAUAAGCAAGGUGAUUUCAGUUUCCCAUCACCAAUUGUUCUUGGAAUUGGACAGAUGGCAGUUACCAUAAUGAUACUAUAUGUGUCCAAGCUAAAUAAAGUAAUUCACUUCCCUGAUUUUGACAAGAAAAUUCCUAUUAAGCUGUUUCCUCUGCCUCUGCUCUACGUUGGAAACCACAUAAGUGGAUUAUCAAGCACAAGUAAAUUAAGCUUGCCGAUGUUCACCGUGCUCAGGAAAUUUACCAUUCCACUUACUUUACUCCUGGAAACCAUCAUACUCGGGAAACAGUAUUCCUUGAACAUCAUUGUCAGUGUCUUUGCCAUCAUUCUUGGUGCUUUCAUAGCAGCUGGUUCUGACCUUGCUUUUAACUUGGAAGGCUAUAUUUUUGUAUUCCUGAAUGAUAUCUUCACAGCAGCGAAUGGUGUUUAUACCAAACAGAAAAUGGACCCAAAGGAGUUAGGGAAAUAUGGAGUGCUUUUCUACAAUGCCUGCUUUAUGAUUAUCCCAACUCUUAUCAUUAGUGUCUCUACUGGAGACCUUCGACAGGCUACUGAAUUCAACCAAUGGAAGAAUGUUCUAUUUAUCACACAGUUUCUUCUUUCCUGUUUUUUGGGGUUUCUGUUGAUGUACUCCACACUUUUGUGCAGCUAUUACAAUUCGGCCCUGACGACGGCGGUGGUUGGAGCCAUCAAGAAUGUAUCCAUUGCCUACAUUGGAAUGUUAGUAGGUGGAGACUACAUUUUCUCUGUAUUAAACUUUGUAGGGUUAAAUAUUUGCAUGGCAGGGGGCUUGAGAUAUUCCUUUUUAACUUUAAACAGCCAGUUAAAACCUAAACAACCUGUGGACGAAGAAAACAUCCCUCAAGAUUUGAAGGGCUAGAACCUGGGGCAGAAUUGCAGACUGGCUUGCAGACUGGCUUGCAGACUGGGGGGGAAUGAGGGAAUAUUCCCAGCUGUUUUGGUUGUGGCACUCGCCCCUGGUUAAGGCACAACAGGAAUGUCUGCAAAAUGCAAAGAGAAUCUACGUCAUGUGCUGCAUGAGGAGCCAUCAUCAGCCCUGAGAAAUGUAUCCGGGCAAAGCCUUACCAGCUGAAAGUGAAUCUUCUCAAAAUAAACCACUGGUGAAAGGGAUUGUUUCCAAGGCACUUGCGUGGACCACACAUCUGUGUGCUGUUCCAGGUACUGCAAGUUCUUCAAAGGAGGUAAAAGGCCAAUGCUGUGACGGUACUUAUCAGCACCUUGGCCUUAAUUUCAAAGGUCCCAGCCAAAGCAAAGUGCCAGUGAGAACGUUUUUUUUGGUUUAAACAGACAUGUCUUUAUUUUAAUAAAAUCAGCCACUUAACUGCCAGUAGAGUUAUUUGUUAGCUUUGAUUUGAUCUUAUAUGUUGGUAUCUUUUCCCAAUCAUCAGAGUAAAAUAAAAAAUAAUU